AUGGCUUCUUCAAAAAAUUUAACACAGCAAAAACUGAAGGUUCAGGGGAAAGGAUACAAGGAUAAAUGCUAUGAGCAAAUAAGGAAGACUGUUGAAGAACGGUUUAACAAGCUUCUCAACGAGCUUGUGUUUGAGGACUUGAAAGCAGCUUUAGAGGAAGCACGAACGGACUGCAUUAUAACAGUUUGCAAAACUGUAGUGACCAUUCCUUGUGAAACCACAUUGUUAAGUGUUGUAUACAAAGUAUCAUUUGAGUAA